AUGAAUGAUCCUGUAUUGAUGACUUCCGAGAUUUCCCCUGGUGAAGGACUAUUGAAGAAAUCACCCCCGUGUUCACAAUGUCGCCAGAAGAAAAUCAAGUGCGACAAGCAAAAGCCAUGUCAAAACUGCAAAAAGGCAUUCUCAGAUUGUUUCUAUCAACCAGACACGCGAACUCCUACAGAUACGUAUUCUGAGCUUUAUGAACGAAUACAACAAUUGGAAGCUCGGCUACAGUUUGUUACAUCCGGGCUUGUGACAGCUUCCCCCGAUGCCAACCUCACACUAGCAACUUCUACCAAAGCAUCGCCUGAGCUAGAGUGUCAUUGUGGUCGCCAGAUUCUAGGCAACGAUUUUUCCGUCCAUUUUGAUUACUACAUGCAUUGGGUUGAACUAUUUCCUAAGAUCCGAGAUACUCAUUUCGAUAUGACUGUUGAAGAUGAAAAUGAGGAAGGCCCAAAAGAAAAUUAUCAACCUUUCCUUGUUGGAAUUGCCUACCAGAGUGAGACUUUGGAGAGUUAUCAACCCCCAGAACUAGAGGCAGAUUUUCUAGUGACGGUCUUCUUUAACAACGUCGAUCCCUUUGUUCGAAUGGUGCAUAAAGACACGUUUCUUUCAGACUUGUCUCUUUUCCGCAAGGGGAAGCACCCUCAGAUGCGUACUUUCACAUCGCUAUUAUUCUCCGUAUACGGACUAGCUGCGGCCAGCUUGGAACCCAACCCCAACAGCAUAGUAGCCACUUUCGGGGUUGAACGUGAGUCGAUUCUUGAUAAAUACCAAGAAGCACAAGAAAUGGCCUUGUAUCACCUCGAUUUUAUUAAUAGCAACAAGAUUGCUGUCUUUCAGACAUUCCUCUACUACCUGACCUUUUUGUUUGCGAGAGGAUACUAUCGAACUGCAACAACUUUACUUGGGCUUGCCGCUCGUAAUGCUCAACGCCUUGGUCUCCAUAGAGAUCCGUCCUGGUUUAAUUAUACCCCAUGGGGUGCUGAGCAUCGUAGGAGACUGUGGAAUCAGCUUAUCUUACUUGAUCAGAGAGCAAUAGCUCUUCAAGGCGCAAUCACAGUACUUGGGUUUGCUUGGGAUACAAAGCUUCCUGAAAAUGUCAACGACUGCGACUGGAAUACAAGCCCCUUUUCGAAGCCAAGUGACGCCCCACGAUCAACAGGCGCAUUUUCCCAGAUGAGCACAAUAUUACUGAAACGAGAAACUCUCAAGGUGCUUUGUCCACUUCGACAGAAUCUGCGAAGCCGCUCAUAUGAUGAGCAAAUGCGACAUAUCGACGCCGGAGCUGAAAGAGCAAAUUCGUACUUUACUGCUGUGGGCGAUGAUAUGAUGUCUCUAGCAACUUUCGCAAAGGAAGUCGUCGAAAUUGAUUGUGACCAUAUGCGACUAAUGGCAGGACAGGCUUAUAUCAGAUUCGGCCAGCCUCCUCCAUCGCAUAGUUUCGAGAACUUCACCCGGGCCCUUAAUAUGUUACAGAGACUCCUAUCUCUUGAAGCAGAAAUUAUAAACCCUGGCUGGAUGUGGUUAUUCCGACAAGAUCCCCCAUUCCUUGCCACAUCUGUGGUCUUAACGUAUUUGUCAUCGAUGCCUGAUGGACAGCAAAAUUUCCACGCUUGGACGGUAAUAAAUGCCAUAUUCAAGAAAUUUAUUAGCAUACAUGGCAAAUCAAAGCCCCCGAUUGUUGCUUCAUUAGAAGCAUUUCGUGAACAGACUAAGCCUUCGUGGAUCCUAACUGGACAUCCCUCUAUUUAG